AUGUCAAAAUUGAUGUCAAAUCUUGAAAGCCGGGAGAAGAUUACGAUGGAACACGUGGAGGCAGCAGAUGAACUCCAUCAUGAGCCAACUGAAGACGACCUAUUGCCGUCAGAGAGAAAAAAAAUCCUCCACAAGAUUGACAGACGUUUGAUCACUGCCCUGGGGCUCAUGUUUGCAGUGUCAUUAAUCGAUCGCGCCAACCUUGGCUCCGCUAACAUUGCCGGGAUGGCCAAGGAGUUGGAAUUAGAAAAAGGAUCUCGCUUCUCAUUGAGUAUUCUUAUGUUUUUUGUCCCAUAUGUGCUUUGCCAGUGGCCAAGUGCGAUCCUUGUGCGGAAGAUGGGCCCCCGGAUUUUCCUGCCUGUAACCGCUGUUGCUUGGGGAAUUGUUAUGUUAUGCUUCGGGUUCGUGAAAUCCUGGGUCCAGCUCGUUGGUCUUCGUGUUAUUGUUGGAGUUUUCGAGGCUGGACUACUUCCCGGGACCCUUUUUUUGCUGCAGGUCUGGUAUUGUCGCUAUGACGUACAUAAGCGAUAUGCUGCAUUCUACUCUAUCAGCAUCACAUGUUCUUCACUCUCUGGUGUUCUUGCCUACGGCUUCAUGCAGAUGAGUGGAGUUGGUGGACUCUUGGGGUGGAGGUAUAUAUUCAUUUGGGAAGGAGUACUAACAUGCAUGGUUGCAUUCGUUGCAGCAUUUUUAAUUGUCGACUUUCCUCACAAUGCGCACAAACGCCGAGGUUUCCUCACGGCCCAGGAGAUUGCAUAUGUUAUGAGCAUGCUGGAAAAGGAUCGAAAAGAUAUAGAGGAUGAGCCGUUCACCUGGCGUGCAUUCUUAACAUCUGCUCUAGAUCUGAAGAUUUGGGGCUUUGGCCUUAUCUUCGCAGCCAACACUGUAAUCUCAUACUCAAUCACAUUUUUCCUACCAAUCAUUUUGAACAGCAGGAUGGGGUUCAAUGUUGGUUUAUCGCAGGUGUUGAGCACGCCACCCUUCUUCUUUGCUGCAGUUCAAUACUUUGGUGUUUUUCUGGUGACUGCAGCUGCACAAAGCACCAUACCUUGCGUUAUGGCAUACCAAGCGAACAAUGUUUGCGGACAGUGGAAGCGUGCAUUUGCAAGCGCAACCCUUGUUACAUCAGGAGGCACGGGAGGUAUUAUUGGAGCCUUGGUUUUCCGAUCCCAAGAUGCGCCUGAGUAUCUCCCAGAUGCUGUGGCUUUUCUAUCAUUUUAG